GAGGUGGAGCGGUGCUCAGGCGCCGCGUCGGGACGCGUAGGUCUGCAGCGUCGUCGGCCUAAAGGGCAGAGCCGGAAGCGCCACGGUUUGACCCCCGGAGCCCCUCUGUCUUCGAAGGGGCAGCCCUCUUCCUCUGGGCUUUCUCUACGUCCCCGUCUCCCCGCUCAUCCGGAGGCCGAAGCCCCCAGCCUGGGCGGGGCGGCGCAGCCCGAGCUCCCCGACCCGGAAGAAGCGCCAUCUGCCGCCUCCGCCAUGGAGCCCACCGCGCCGUCCCUCACCGAGGAGGACCUCACUGAAGUGAAGAAGGACGCUUUAGAAAAUUUGCGUGUCUACUUGUGUGAAAAAAUCAUAGCUGAGAGACAUUUUGAUCAUCUACGCGCAAAAAAAAUACUCAGUAGAGAAGACACUGAAGAAAUUUCUUGCCGAACAUCAAGUAGAAAAAGGGCUGGAAAACUGUUAGACUACUUACAAGAAAACCCCAAAGGACUAGAUACCCUGGUUGAAUCUAUUCGGCGAGAAAAAACACAGAACUUCCUGAUACAGAAGAUUACAGAUGAAGUGCUGAAACUUAGAAAUAUAAAGCUAGAACACCUGAAAGGACUGAAAUGUAGCAGCUGUGAGCCUUUUCCAGAUGGAGCUACAAACAACCUCUCUAGAUCAAAUUCAGAUGAGAGUAAUUUCUCUGAAAAACUGAGAGCAUCCACUGUCAUAUACCAUCCAGAAGGAGAAUCCAGCACAGCCCCCUUUUUUUCUACUGAUUCUUCUCUGAAUUUGCCUGUUCUAGAAGUAGGCAGAACUGAAAAUCCCACGUUCUCUUCAACUACGCUUCCUAGACCUGGGGACCCUGGGGCUCCUCCUUUGCCACCAGAGCUGCAGUUAGAAGAAGGAACCUGUGGAAACUCUAGUGAGAUGUUUCUUCCCUUAAGAUCACGCGCUCUCUCGCGGCAAUGACGGUUUACUGCCUUUAAAUUUUUUUAAUAAUGACAAAAAACAUUUGAAAGGAUAUGAAUCUUUUUAUAAAAUUGCUAUAAUGACUUAUUAACACUUGAUACAUGUCUUUUAAAAUGCAAUGUAAACAUACUUUGUAAAUAGAAUUUUUUAGAAUAAAAAAAGCUUACUUUCAGCUAGCUAAAGUAAAUCACGUUGAUCGUGUAUUGUUCAGCAUUUUUUUCAUUUUUGAGGCAUUUAGUGUUUUCACAUUUUUUGUUUUAAGACUAAUUUUAAUAGAGAACAUUUCUCUAUUAGAGAAUAGAGUCUGAAGCUGGGAAUAAUGUUUCUGCUCAGUGCAUUUGUGCUAGUGAUUUUCAGUUUAAUAGUCCUUUCCAACCAUUCAGCAGUAAAUUUUCAGGAUUAAGCUGUCCCUAUUUGGUAAUAAAGCCAGUCACUCCCAGGAAAACUGCC